UGUUUUUCUACCUGCUGAUACAAACCUCAGCUGCGGCCGUCAGGAUGGAGGUUGACCUGUGCACCUACAGGGCCCGGAUAGGCUGCUUCAGGAACCCGGCGUUUCACCCCCUGUGCUGCUGGCAGUCAUGUUUGCUGGUGUGGAUGGCCAUCUCACAACUCAUGCUGAAGCUUGCAGGGGAUGUGGAGGAGAAUCCUGGGCCCAGGCAACAGUCACCUGCAGCCGUCAGGAUGGGGGUUGACCUGUGCACCUACAGGGCCCGGAUAGGCUGCUUCAGGAACCUGAGGUGGGACUCCCAGUGCUGCUCGCCAGAGGCGCCGUGUUUGCUGCUGAGGGUGGCGUCAUGUUUGCUGGUGUGGAUGGUCAUCUCACAACUCAUGCUGAAGCUUGCAGGGGAUGUGGAGGAGAAUCCUGGGCCCAGGCAACAAAAUAUCGACAUGGCUAAACUGUCAAGUUUUAAAAACAAGAUGAAGCCAAAAGAAUGGGACAUGAUUGGGAAAAGAACUCUCUUGACACUGAACUUGUCUCGUGAAUAUGGUAGUGAUUUCGAACCUCUGGCUCAACUACCCGAGGAAGUGUUUGAACUACAGGAAUUGGAGGUCUUAGAUUUGACAGGCAACAAGAACAUCGAUAUCUCCGAUCAGCUGACCAAACUGACCAAUCUAAAAGUGCUGUGUUUGCAUAACUGUAACCUUAAAACAGUUCCUGCUGCCGUGAUGAAACUUCCGCAGUUAGAAAUGCUGAUCCUCAGUUACAACGAGAACAUCACCCUGCCGGAUGAGAUGUCGGGUCUCAUCAACCUCACUGUCCUGGACUUAGAGAACUGUAACCUGGACACCCUACCACCUGUAGUGCUGAAACUAUCAAACCUACAGGAGCUGGAUCUAAGUGCAGACUGGGAUUCAAAAUUGAAAAUCUCCCUACCAGAUGAGUUGUCUAACAUGAACAAAUUGAAAGGGUUGAGACUACAUUGCCGUAAGCUGGACACCAUUCCCCAAGUAGUCCUGAAACUCCCCCAGCUGGAGGAACUGGACCUCAGCGGGAACAGCGGGAUCCACCUGCCGGAUGGGCUGGCCGGGCUCACCAACCUCCGGGUACUGAAACUAGCAGGAGCAGGCAUGGAGACAGUUCCUCCGGUAGUCCUGAAACUCCCCCAGCUGGAGGAACUGGACCUCAGCGGGAACAGCGGGAUCCACCUGCCGGAUGGGCUGGCCGGACUCACCAACCUCCGGGUACUGAAACUAGCAGCAACAGGUAUGAAAACAGUUCCCCCGGUAGUGUGUAGACUGACUCAGUUAGAUCGGCUGAACCUGAACCGUAACAAACUACAGACGUUACCCGCGGAAAUCGGACAGCUCACUAACCUCAAACACUUGGAUCUGUCCGGGUGCAAGCUGCUAACACUCCCACCUGAAUUGGGGAGGCUGACACAGUUAGAAUGGCUGGACCUGAGCAAUAACCAACUACAGACGUUACCCGCGGAAAUCGGACAGCUCACUAAUGUCAAACACUUGGAUCUGUACGGGUGCGAGCUGCUAACACUCCCACCUGAAUUGGGGAGACUGACACAGUUAGAAUGGCUGCGCCUGACCGGUAACCAACUACAGACGUUACCGCCUGAAGUGUGGAGACUGGCACAGUUAGAAGAGCUGCACCUGAGCCGUAACCAACUACAGACGUUACCCGCGGAAAUCGGACAACUCACUAAUGUCAAACACUUGUAUCUGUCCUACUGCAAGCUGCGCACACUCCCACCUGAAGUGGGGAGACUGAGACAGUUAGAACGGCUGGACCUGAGCCGUAACCAACUACAGACGUUACCCGCGGAAAUUGGGCAACUCACUAAUGUCAAACGCUUGGAUCUGCCCCAGUGCGAGCUGCGCACACUCCCACCUGAAGUGGGGAGACUGACACAGUUAGAAUGGCUGGACCUGAGCGGUAACCAACUACAGACGUUACCCGCGGAAAUCGGACAGCUCACUAACCUCAAACACUUGGAUCUGUCUGGGUGCGAGCUGCGCACACUCCCACCUGAAGUGUGGAGACUGACACAGUUAGAAUGGCUGGACCUGAGCGGUAACCAACUACAGACGUUACCGCCUGAAACGUUACCCGCGGAAAUCGGACAGCUCACUAAUGUCAAACACUUGGAUCUGUCCAUGUGCGGGCUGCGCACACUCCCACCUGAAGUGUGGAGACUGACACAGUUAGAAAGGCUGGACCUGAGCUGGAACCAACUACAGACGUUACCCGCGGAAAUCGGACAGCUCACUAAUGUCAAACGCUUGGAUCUGUCCAGGUGCAAGCUGCGCACACUCCCACCUGAAGUGGGGAGACUGACACAGUUAGAAUGGCUGAACUUGAGCUUUAACAAACUACAGAUGUUACCCGCGGAAAUCGGACAACUCACUAACGUCAAACACUUGGAUCUGUCCGGGUGCGAGCUGCGCACACUCCCACCUGAAGUGGGGAGACUGACACAGUUAGAAAGGCUGGACCUGACCUGUAACCAACUACAGACGUUACCCGCGGAAGUGGGGAGACUGACACAGUUAGAAUGGCUUUACCUGAGCUGGAACCAACUACAGACGUUACCCGCGGAAGUGUGGAGACUGACACAGUUAGAACGGCUGGACCUGAGCAAUAACCAACUACAGACGUUACCCACUGAGGUUGGUCUGCUGAAUGACCUAUGUCGUCUAGAGGUUAGUGACAACGCACUUACAAAACCACCAGCUGAAGUUUGCAGUCAGGGGAUCGCUGCUAUCAGACAGUACUUUGAGGAGCUUGGACGCUUCGAAGAAAACACAAGUGCUCAUUUGAAAGUUGUCAUAUUGGGAGAGAAAAUGGCGGGAAAAACAAGCCUGGUACAGACGCUAGACAGUGGCGAGUCCACCCUGACAGAAGUAGAGGACCGCACACACUGUGUAGAGAUAACUCAGUGGGCACCUGAUGACAACAUCACGUUUGAAGUGUUCGACUUUGGUGGCCAAGACGUGUACCAUCUCACUCAUCAGUUCUUUCUGACGCCAGAUGCCUUUCAUCUGUUAUUGGUGAACCUGCAGACAUACAGAUGCAGUGAAGAGAGGUACACAGAAGCCGUGGGGUUCUGGUUGGACACACUGAAUGCCCGCGUGCCAGGGGCAGUGGUUACAAUAGUGGGUAGCAAGAAGGACAUGUGCAGUGAGGCAGAAAUAAAUGGUAAAGUGAAGGACAUCGAAGAAAAGUUCCAAAAGCAGAUGGAUACAUGGAAACGUAAUACAGAGCGCCAAAUCAGGGAAGUCAACAAAAGAUCUAAAGAGGCCAAAAGCGAUGAGGAAAAAAAACAAAUAAAACAGCAGUUAGAACGCACACAAAGCCUCCUGAAGCAUCCAUUGCGACUGAUUGGAAUGUACUGCAUCAGUUCUGCAGAACCAACAUCUGGGUUGGACACGCUAAAGAAUCACAUACUGGAGUCAGCAAAUAAUACCAAGCUGUUUCCUACGCUUAAAAAGAUCCUCCCGCGGACAUGGGUGGAGUUUGAACAGAAAGUUUACGGGCUACGUGACAAGGGAACAGAGGAACUGGAAAUCACUAGAGGUGAGGGCGAUAAAUCGUCAACUGAGAACAACGACUCAACAACUGACAAGAAACAAGUGACAAGAAACCAGAAGUGGAUAACGCAAAGCGACUGUUUGGAGCUCACAGAUCUCCCGGCGGACAGACUGGAGCAAGUCCUGUCUUACCUGCAGCAGGUGGGAACCAUCCUCAGGUACACGGACAUACCGGAACUCAAGGACUACGUCUUCCAUGAUCCUCCUGCCUUGAUUGAAAUCUUCAAGGAUCUGUUUCAUCACGAGAUCAAAGCACUUUUCUCAACACGCAGAGCAACGAAUGCUGAUUAUACUUGCACACAGCUUGAAGGUUUUCAAAUUGAACUUCAGAAGCGUGGACUGAUCCGGAAGGACGUUAUGACAUGUUUGUUGCCAUCUGACAUCAAUCCUGACAUUGUUACUGCACUGAUGCAGCAUUUCGGCUUAUGCUUUGAGAUCAUUAUACAAGACAAAACAGACCCUUCCAAGCACACUUGUUGGUACAGAGUACCUUGGUACUUGCAAGAAGAAAUGCCUCAGAAUUGGAAGAGCGUCUGGCCAGAUGAUGUACCAGAAGAUCAGGAGCAGCUGCAGCUGAUGUGCAACAUCACAGGAUUCUGUCCCCGGGGACUGUUUCAGAGGUUCAGUGUUGGGAUCCAUCCACUUGUCAAGGACAGCCUGAGGGUUGACUGGAAAGAUGGAGUCAUGGCCUACAAAAAAGGCUUAAAUCACAUCAUCAUGGUAUCUUCCAAACCUGUAUCAGACGACACGUAUAUCACCAUGGCAACCAGAGGCAGGCUUGCCCAGGCAGAUGAGAUGUGGGGCGUGGUCCACCCACUGCUGGAGGUGCUGGUCCAGCUGCUGCAGGAGUGGCCAGGUGUGCUGUACUCCCUCCACGUCACCUGUGCGCACUGCAUCAAGGCAGGACAGGACAACCCGUGGAAGUUUGACCUGAGGGACCGGACUGCAAAGGACCAUUCUGAAGUCUGGUGUGAGGAGGUCGAGUUUGCAUCGACGUCAGCAGACCUGGUGUACAGACCAGCCAGAUUAUCCGCUUUCCGACGUGGACCAUCCCUGACUCGAGUGAAACAAGAAAAUGACUGCUACAAGAUGACCUCUGACCCGCGCGGCGUUGCACUGAUCAUCAGCAACACCAUCUUUACGGACCCGACAAGAAACAGGCCGGGAGGAGCGAAGGACCUGGACAGACUCGGGGAGAUUUGUGGGAAACUCAAGCUGCAACAGGAGAUCAAACAGAACCUUACUGCACAGCAAAUUGAGGCUGUAACAAAGGAAGUCUCCAAGAGAGAUCACAGCAGCUACGACUGCUUCGUGCUGUUCCUGCUGUCCCAUGGCACAGAGACAGGCGUGUUGGGCACAGACGGACAGCACGUGUCUGUGGACAGCAUCAUUUCUAGUUUCCAGGCCUGCAAGAGUCUCGUGGGGAAGCCGAAACUUUUCUUCAUUCAGGCCUGCAGAGGAGGUGACAGGGACAAGGGACUGGAACAAACAGACUCGGCCACAGAUGAAGCAAGCAGCACCUCCCAAACUAGGACAGAAGCAUCCAAUAGAAGUACUGAGGCCACUGUGUCACCGCCUCCUCCAACAAUCACAUGGGUCACACCUCCAGCCGCUGUGGAGAGUCCUGAUGCCGGAGAAACCUUACCUACAGCGAGCGACCGGCUGGUCAUGUACGCUACAGUACACGGUCACGUGUCCUGGAGAAACUCUGAAACGGGCACGUGGUUGGUCGAGGCCCUCGCUGACGUCAUCACUGAACAUGCCGACAUGAAGGAGCUACAUGACAUGCUCAUGAUGGUAAACGCCAAAGUGGCCAAAACUCAGACCCAAGAGCACAAGUACAAGCAGCAGUCGGAAGUGACGCACACCCUUCGCAAGAGGCUCUACUUCUUCCCAAGUAGUUCGCCUGAAAGUUCUCCUCACCCCAAAAGACCCCAGGACCAGGAUGUGACCAGAAACCCUCCAGAGAAGGAAGGUGGAAAAGAUGAAGUUGCUGAAACGUCCCGAGAAAGUUCCGAUCAACACCAGGACCACAACGUGUCUGGAAACCCUCCAGAGGAGUUGGAAAGUGCAAAGGUUCCUGGGACGUCGGCAGGUUCAGAUGUCAGCAGGUACUUCCGUUACGUCAAGAAUAAUGCGACGGCCGAAUGGAAGGACCUUGGUGAGGAAUUAGGACUGAGCUGGGCAGAAGUCACCGACAUUGAAAAGAGGUACAGUGAUGACAAGUCUCGCUGCCGGGACACGUUGCAGGAGUGGAAGAAACGGAAAGGAGAAACCGCCACCAUAACUGUCCUGAUGGACGCUCUGAGGAAAGUGAAGCUGAUGAGUGUCGUGGAUGGACUAAAGAAUGAGUUUCCAGAACUCGAGGAGCACGAUGCACCUGGAAACCCUCCGGCAGAUGGAGCCUCCAGUCGUCAGGAUUCAGCAGGAGGUGGCCAACAUUCAAAGGGCCCCAGAUUACCAGUAAUCGUGUUGAUCAACGACGAGUAUGGAACUUCCAAGGGAGGAAUUUCUACCAUCAACUGCCAGGCGAGCCAAACCCUGGCGAGCAAUGGGGCAGUCGUGUACGCCACAGUCCUACAGCUGAAUGUACCCAAAGAAGACCAGGAGGCAGCAGACAGAGAUGGUGUCACGCUGAUAAAACCAGUACAAAUAGACAAGGAGUCGGUGCCAUCACUAGACUGGCUUACUAAGUACCACAGCGUCCACUUCCCAGACCUUCCUAAAGACGUCACCUGCAUCAUCGGCCAUGCUGACAUCACAGAUACCGCAGCGAGAAACAUCCACAACGCGUACUACAAGGACAAAGCAGAUCUCAUCAUGUUCACCCAUGUCAUACGCGAGGAUACAGAGUACUACAAGGGAGGUGAGAAUGCCAUGAAAGCACGGGAGAAAGAGAAUGACAUGCUCGAUAAAGUCGACAACGCAAAGGCAGCUUUCUCGGUUGGCAAGCGGAUCUUCGACCAUUUCAGCACUAAGUACAAGGGAGAUAAGAAACCUGACCACCACCACAUCUUCCUACCAAAGCCAUCUGAGCUGUUCCUGGCUAAAGAUGUAAAACCCGGGGGAGGACAGAAGGUCGUCCUGUCCAUCGGCAGGGUGAGGAAAGUGGAGAAGCUGAAAGGUCAUGACCUCGUGGGAGAGUCCAUGAGGGAGGUGAUAAAGACAAUCAAGAACGCCCGGUGGUGUGUCCGCGGCAUCAGCAAGGACGACUUUGAGACGAGCAAGAAGAUCCUGGAAGACGCCAUGAACAGUCUCAAACUGAACCCCACCCUGCUGCCGUACGGGACCCAGGAGGAGAUCAGGGACGACAUGAUGAAAGCCCACCUGGUCCUGAUGCCGUCCCGCUCCGAGCCAUUUGGGCUGGUCGGCCUGGAGGCCAUCGCCGCUGGCAUCCCCGUCCUUAUCUCCGACCAAACCGGCCUGGCAGACAUGAUCACCGACUUGAUCCAAAAGGGUAAGCUCCACCCGGACCGCAAGCAAGUCAUCGUGGAGACCAGCGUGAACGACCGCGAUCGUGCAAAUGAUGUAAAGAGGUGGGCAGACCGAAUCGUGCACAUCCUCAACUACAGCAAAUACGAGUUCGAGAAAGCCGCCAGGUUCAAGCAGGAGCUCGUGGCGUCCAGGUACUGGGAGGAAUCCCACAAUGCCUUCCUGCAGGCCUGCGGGGUCACGGCUGGAGCAGCAGAUCAGUAGAGGUCAUGGGGCAACAGUGGACGCCACAAUCAGGGUGCUGAGAAAUUUGGGGCUACGACCUGGAGUAUUUGUGCACCCUAAGAAACAGUUCCUGAAAUAAUACGAUCUACCACCUUAAGAGCAAUCGCCUUUCUGUACACACACAAUCCUAGAAAACAAGAUUAGCAGCAUCAGUUCUGUGGUCUCUGCCAGAGUCACUUAUGAUGAUGUUGUCAACAUACAAGUGGGAAGCAAGAAGAGUAGGCAAAAUGACAAUUAGUGACAAAAAAAUGGCAUGUAGAUUUGCGAAUGAGUGAAGGAAAGACACUAGAAACAGGAGCCUCAUGCAACGUGAUCAGUGAAGGUGACUUCCAGAAGUUUGAGCAAAGAAUAAAGCCCAGCAAAGCAAGACUGAAGCUUCACCAAGGAACUAUCCUCAAGCCAGUUGGCCCACAGGCCAAGCCAUCCUGAGUACCAGGCAUCAAGACAAAACCACAGAUCUAGAGUUCCAGAUUGUCAAUGCACGACAACAUCCUUUUUCAUCAGCUGAAAUCAGUACACAGUUAGGACUGAUCAUCCUAAACACCAAAACACCCUGCCAUCAAGGCCUAGGCCCCAGGGAAAACCUAUUUUGGCCAGGUGUGAGCGGUCAGCUCCGGGAGAAAAUGAAAACAAGUGCAACACAUACCAGCCGAGGACAACCAGAAACACUAACAGUUACUAAA